AAUAAUUUGAUGGAAUAAUCAUUGUUCUUCCUGUCAGCUGAAAUGACAGCAAUGAAAGGCUUCAACGAGAAGACACAGUCCACAUAUUAGAAUAUGCAAUUUUAUGAUAAGAAACUCAAAAUAAAGGUACCAAAACUUACUUUGACCAUUACAACUCAUAGAUUAAUAUUUACUAAUCACACAAACAUAGAUUAAUUAAAUGCGAAUGAUGUUAGAUUUGUCUAUUUCGUUAUCCCCUUGUAGCACGUGAAAUCGAUAAAGGAAAAAGUAAUCAAUACAUCUUAUUUGAGACUGGAUUUAUUUCAUCCAAGAUAGAUCACAUCAAUUUGGACACUAAUUUGGGAGAAGUUGCCAUUUUUGGAGACAAUCUGGAGGGCCCUCUCUUGCAGAUCAAAGGGAGUCACGAGAAAAAGGAGUGGCUCCAAAAGCCAGAACAAUAAUAAACAUCAUAAGUUUAUUGUGGGAUGAAAAGUGAAAUAAUGAAAAAGGAGAAGCAAACGCAGCAAACAAUAGACACGGUGCAAAGUACCUUCAAAGGUGGGUUUGAGGAAUUAUUUAAGAAUGCAACUGAAUUGAAGGAGAUUUCUUAAUACAUCAAAUAAAAUAUUAAGAAGGGAGAGAAUAACGAGAUUGAUGAAAUACUGUCUAAAAUUGGUUAAUCACGAUUAGAUAAGUAUAUGAUAUUAAUGAUAAUACAAGAUCUGAGGAUUUAUUUUAUGAGAAGUUGGCUGAACAAGUGUAUAAGCUUUGUGUUGAGUUGUUCCCGAAGAUGGGUGGUAUAAUCUCCCUUUUGGAUGUUUAUUACUAUUUUAAUAAGAGGCGGAACUCAAGUUUGGUGAGUCCAGAGGAGAUACUUAAGGCAGGGUUACAAUUUCAAAAAUUGAAUUAUCAAGCAAAGGUCGAAAGAUAUGAUGGUAUUUCAGUGAUUGAAUCAAGUAUGUUGAUAAUCAUUCUAUUUUUAAGCACAAUACAACAGCGAUAAAGAUUAUGAGAAUACUUUGGGAAAAUACAUUUCUUAUGAAGUUGGAUUGACUGCUGAGCAAUUGGCAAAGAAAUUGGGGAUCUCAGUUAUGAUUUGUAAGAUUAAACUCAAGAAUGCUAUCAAUCAAGGGAAGGUCUGUGUUGACAAUAGAAUUGAAGGCACUCGAUAUUUCAAAAAUUUAAUAAUUAAUAUUUGA